AUGAAGACUGCAUGGCAAAGACUGAUCCGCUUCGUCGCAACUGACGGACGAACACUUUACGGCGAACCAAUCUUAUCGAAUCCAGAUUUCGAUCUCGGAAACACUACGCGAGAGACGGGCCUCAAGGCCAAAGUCAUCUCAGGCACCGAUCUUUACGACACCACCGGUGCCACCAAAGUCACUGAAGAGACCGUCACUGUCCAAAAGCUGCUCGGCCCUCUGUCUCAAGAAGAUGUGCCCAUCGUGCGCUGCAUUGGGCUGAACUACAAGACCCACAUCAAGGAAGCAGGCCGCUCGCCCCCUCCCUUUCCCUCCCUCUUCUUCAAACCCAACACCUCCAUUCACGACCAUGAUGCCGACGUUGUCAUCCCGAAGAUUGCUCAGGAUGAUCAGGCCGACUAUGAGGGCGAACUGUGCGUUGUGAUUGGCAAGGACGCCAAGGACGUAUCAGAAUCCGAGGCCCUUGAUUACGUUGCAGCUUACACCGCUGGCAACGACAUCUCGUCGCGCAAGUUGCAACGCAAUCCCGAGUUUGCUGGAAGAGUCCCACAGUGGAGCUUCUCCAAGGGGUUUGAUACCUAUGCCCCGCUUGGUCCUGCACUGGUUUCAGCGGCUGUCAUCAGAGAACCAGAGAGGUUGAAGUUGAAGACCGUUGUGGAUGGGGAGCUGAGACAGGAUACGGAGUUGGCUGACCUACUGUUCACGGUGCCGUAUAUUAUUUCGUACCUCUCGAGCGGAACGACGUUGAAGAAGGGGACUGUGAUCAUGACCGGGACACCUGGAGGAGUUGGUGCCGGGAUGAAUCCACCCAAGUACCUCGUACCGGGUACGAAGAUGGAGGUAAACAUCUCGGAAAUUGGCACGCUAAGGAAUGGUGUCAAGUUUGCAUAG